AUGGGGCUCCAGCUCCGCCGACGGUUAGAGCUCCGCUCCGAGGGCGCCCGGUACGGCACAGACGGGAGCCGUACAUCAAAUAACGACCUGGAUCCGGUGCCGCUGGACUCGCCACAGAGGACAUGGGGUUGGCCCAGCCUGCUCGGCUUUUGGAUCGCAGAGGCCUUCUCCAUCUCGAUGUAUCAGGUGUCGUCUUCAUCUGUCUCAAAAGGCCUCAACCCCGGCCUCGCCAUCCUGGCCGUCUUCGUCGGGCACUGUCUGGUCUGCGUUCCGGCCAUGCUCGACGGCUAUGUUGGCUGUGUGCUGGGCAUCAACUUCCCCGUCCUGACCCGCGCGUCGUUCGGCAUGCGAGGAUCCUAUCUAGCCGUCUUCCUCCGUGCCGUAGUCGCAGCCAUCUGGUUCGGCACGCAGUCAUUUCAGGGCGGCCAGUGCCUCGCCGUCAUGAUCUCAGCUAUCUGGCCGCAGUUCAACAACAUGCCCAACCACUUGUCUCCGUCCGCCCAUGUCACCAGCGCAGAGCUCCUGUGCUUCUUCCUCUUCAUCCUGAUCCAGCUGCCGUUGCUGUGGCUGCACGUCAGCACUCUGCGGUACAUGUUCAUGGCAAAGACGCUUAUCAUGCCUGUGUUUGGCCUGGCGCUGUUCAUAUGGGCCCUCGUUGCAGCGGAAGGAUUUGGCCCAACCUUCUCAAAGCCUACUCACAUCAAAGACGGCACCCCGGUCAUAGUCGUCUUUUUCCAGUGCGUCACCUCCGCCAUCGGGCCCAAGGCCACCCUCGCGCUCAACAUGCCCGACUUCACGCGCUACGCGGCCUCCAGCCGGCAUGUGGUCCGGGCCCAGGCCGUAGGCCUCCUCGUCCUCGUGACCCUGUGCGGCAUCCUCGGCGCCACCGUCUCGUCGGCGUGCGAGGUCAUCUACGGCCGCGUGACCUGGAACCCGCUCGAGGUCGCCCGGCUGUGGGACAACCGCGCCGCGCAGUUCUUUGCGGGGCUGUGCUGGGCCUUUGCCGUGGUCGGGACGAAUAUCAGCGCCAACUCGGUGAGCUUUGGGAACGACCUCAGCUUCUGGUUCCCCCGCGCGGCGUCUUUCUCUUCAUUUCUCGGCGGGUAUUCGCUCUUCCUAGGCUCCGUUGCGGGCGUUAUUGUCUGCGACUACUGGAUCUGUCGGGCCAGGAGCCUUAGCAUCUCCUCGCUGUACGAUCCAAAAGGGAUCCAUUAUUACACGAUGGGCAUCAAUCCCCGCGCCAUUGUCGCAUUCAUCUUUGGCAUCGUGCCGAACAUGCCUGGAUUGGCUGUGGCCUGCGGUGCCAAGGGCAUUCCAAAAGGGGCGAUAUAUCUAUACAGCCUGAGCUGGCUGGUCAGUAUCCUUGUUUCAGGGUCGACUUACUGGCUGUGCUGGAAGGUGUGGCCUUUUCCCGUGGACCAGAAACACGAGGCGUGUAUUGAAGGCCAGGAGCCGCAGGACCUUGCUCCUAGUCAAGGAUCUGUCCACAAGGAGCUCGAUCUUGUCAAGCGAUGA